AAGGCACGGUUUUACGCCUAUGAAAGAGUGGAGAUAAUAGCCAUGAGCUCGCAUGAAACACAGUUGCAAGUAGGAGAUGCAUCUGUUAUCAUCAUGAGCGACGACGAAAGUAAUGCUUCAAAUAUUUCUGAAGACCUGUUUCUUAACAAUGAGGACAGUUGUGAUGUAGCAGAAAUGAAGCCAGAAGGAAGCAGUGCUGUGACGUUUAUGGAUAUGCAGAGCUUGAAUGAUGAGAACGAUGACAGUGUUGAGAAGAAGGGCAUUGCUGCUCAUAACACCGUAGCUCCUGAGCAAAGUACAACUCUAAAAAAUGUAAAAGCCUUGGAUGAAGAAGCUCACAGAAGUCCUCAAGACAUAAAACCCUCCAGCGUAACGGAUUCCGACUUGCGAGAUAAAAUGGAGGAGUCAAUGAGUCGUUUGGGAAAAGACGCUGACGCUACGAGUAACUUUGUAGGAUAUUUCUCACUUUUCCCAUAA